AUGUUCACAACAGCUGGCAUUGGAUUAAAAGCUGCUUAUAAGUUCAAAGAUCAAUGGAAAAAAAAUGGUGGAACAAUCUUACCUGGUUACAAACCAGCCUCUGAAGUUAAACGUAAAGGAAAUACCGUGAAAUUGACAGAGGAACAUUCACAAUAUUUACAUGCAUUUAUUGAAAAGCAUCCAACAUGUAUUGUGAAAGAUGCUACAGAAUCCCUUUGUGAGACUUUUCAAGGCUUAACAAUUAACGAGUCCACUGUAUAUCGUCACAUUACUGAAAAGCUUGAGUUUACUUUGACUCGUACACAAGCAAGGUCUGUAAAUAGAAAUUCUGAUGAUACGCUUGAACAACGUAGACAAUUUAUUGAAGAUAUGUCGUCUUGA